AUGGACUGGCAGCAAAGACAGAGACCUGGAGCAGGACUCUUCAACCUGGGCAAUACUUGCUACAUCAAUGUCAUCCUGCAGUGCCUGACAUACACACCCCCUCUGGCCAACUACCUGCUCUCUUACCAGCACAGCCAGUCGUGCCAGCAGCAAGGCUUCUGCAUGAUGUGCACCAUGGAAGCACACGUCAGGAAGGUCCUGUGCUCCUCAGCCAGCGCCAUCCUCCCUGGAGCUGUCCUCAGGGACCUCAAAUUCAUAGGAGAGGAGUUUGAGUAUGGCAGGCAGGAAAACGCCUACGAGUUCUUGCGCUGCACGCUCGAUGCCAUGCACAGAGCUUGUCUGAGCUGCGACUUGGACGUCUCUUCAGAAGAAACUACCAUCGUCUAUCAAAUAUUUGGGGGCUUCAUGAAAUCUAGAGUCACGUGCUUGAGCUGCCAAGGAGUUGUCGAUUCCUACAAGGCCUUCCUGGAUGUCUCUUUGGAUAUCAGAGCAGCCUCAUCCCUCACCACAGUUCUGAAGGACUGUGUGACACCCAAGCAGCUGGAUCAGAAGGAGUGCUUCAGAUGUAGCAAGUGUAAGAAGAAAGCUGCUGCCUCCAAGAAGGUUACAGUCCAUCGUGCACCCCGAGUCCUCACGCUGUGUCUGGAAAGGGCUGACCAGUGGACUGGCACAAAGAUCAGCAAGUUUGUGGAGUAUCCUGAGUACCUGGAUCUUCGGCCAUACAUGUCAGACACAGCUGGAGAACCCCUCCUCUGCUCCUUAUAUGCCAUCGUGGUUCACAGUGGGGACACCUGUCUUGAAGGACACUUUUUGUGCUAUGCAAAGGCCAGCAAUGGGCUGUGGUACAAGAUGGAUGAUGAGUCUGUGGAUGAUUGUGACAUCCACACAGUUCUAGGGCAGCAAGCCUACUUGCUGUUUUAUGCCAGAUGGUUCCUGUAG